AUGGGCAGCGACAUCCAGAAGUCUCCCACGCGGAGCUCCAGGAGGCACCCCAGGCCCCACGACCUCAGGCCUUCUGGCUACCGCGCGAGGCCUCUCCAAGCUCCCUGGCUCGGGACUCCACCAAGCAGUCGUGGCUCCCCAUGUGGUUUUCACCAGAGACUAGUUAGCAGCCCCUCGGCCCGUGGUCAGCCCACAACCAGCACCAGCACAGGUUUCUCUUACAAAGGCCCCGACCAAGGGCUCGUGCGCAGUUUCAUAUGUGGAAAUGUAAACUUUGCAAGAAGAACCAGUUGUAACCGGUGUGGUCGAGAAAAAACAACCGAAGCCAAGAUGAUGAAAGCUGGUGGGACUGAAAUAGGAAAGACGCUCGCUGAGAAGAGCCGAGGCCUAUUUAGUGCUAACGACUGGCAGUGUAAAACUUGCAGUAAUGUGAAUUGGGCCAGGAGAUCCGAAUGUAACAUGUGCAAUACUCCCAAGUAUGCUAAACUAGAGGAAAGGACUGGAUAUGGUGGUGGUUUUAACGAAAGAGAAAAUGUGGAGUAUAUUGAACGAGAAGAGUCCGACGGAGAAUAUGAUGAGUUUGGUCGGAAAAAGAAAAAGUAUAGAGGGAAAGCAGUGGGACCUGCCUCUAUCUUAAAGGAAGUUGAGGAUAAAGAGUCCGAGGGAGAAGAAGAGGACGAGGAUGAAGAUCUAUCCAAAUACAAAUUGGAUGAGGAUGAGGAUGAAGAUGAUGCAGACCUAUCAAAAUAUAAUCUUGAUGCCAGCGAAGAGGAAGAUGGCAAUAAAAAGAAAUCCCACCGAAGAAGUCGCUCCAAGUCUCGAUCUUCCCACUCCCGAUCUUCAUCUCGCUCAUCCUCCCACUCAAGCUCAAGGUCUAGGUCCAGGUCCCGCUCAGGAAGCUCCUCCAGCUCCCGGUCAAGGUCUCGGUCCAGUUCCAGAGAACUUUCGAGAUCUCGUGGGUCGAAAUCCAGAUCCAGCUCCAGGUCCCACAGGGGGUCUUCCUCCCCACGAAAAAGAUCUUAUUCAAGUUCCUCAUCAUCUCCCGAGAGAGGCAGCAAACGAAGCCGUUCUAGAUCUUCUUCACCCGGUGAUCGCAAAAAAAGACGCACCAGAUCACGGUCACCCGAAAGGCGCCGCAGGUCAUCGUCCGGAUCGUCUCAUUCGGGUUCCCGUUCAAGCUCUAAAAAGAAAUAAUGUAUUAAAAUUUACACCUAAAAAAGUCCAGUAGAGUGCAUGAAGCCUAUUUUUAAGAAGUUUGGUGUCUUACUUGGUCAGAAGUGCUUAAUCUGCUAGUCGAGGUGCAUGUCCGUCGUUGCUUUCUGGAAAACUUCAGCUGUGUCCAUUCCUGAAAUGACAAGUCCAUGAGCAUUUUAAGCCAUAAUAGCCCCCCAAUAGUUGUCAUGUGUUUGUUGUUCUCUAAUUAUUUAAGAUGUGUUUUCUCUAAUUACUAGAGAGCUUGAUAUGACCAUGUUGUUCUUCAUUUUCAAAUAUUUCCUGAUGGUAGAGAAUCUGCUGACUUUUACACUUGGGGUCACAGAAGUCCCCAAGGCUUGCUGGGCUUUGGGCGUUCUGCCAGUGACUGUGGAGAGCUGGGUGGAAAAAGCCAUUUCUUCAGGUGUUGUGUUUACGAUUAUGCUCCACAACAGUAAAUUGGAGAGAUCCAGGAUGGGGCUUCUCUGCUGUGAAGCUCACCGUGAUGUCUGGAGAUCACUGUGGCUUGGGUUUUCCCUUUUUUACUUGUCCUCAAUGCUGCAUCCUGAGACAAUGUUCAAACUCUGUUCUCAGUUACCAGAGGAAGUGGCUUGUUUCUCCCUAAAUUAAUUUUGAGGUUUAGGCACUCAGUUCAAUAGAGUUUCUCUCUUUUGUGUUCCUUUCUUUGGCACAGCUUUGUAAGAAACAAACUUCCUUAGAUGGCCUUCUGGCCCCGUUAACAUUUCCAGUACUGGUUUAUAAUGGUGAAUGUGUAAGCUCGUGGGGGGGGGGGGGGGGUGUUUUUUUUGUUUUUUGCUUCAUUUUUAUUUUACUUUUCAAUUUUUUAAGAGGUUGGAUGUGACAUGUUCCUGAAAGCCCAUACAUAAGUGGGCAAACAAGGCUAAAAAUCUGAGACUCCUUAAGGAAGAGGAAAUUGAGAAACUAGCUGGGAAGUCUUCCCUGUUCGUGUUGUAAGGCAGGCGGUCCCUGAUGUCUGGGCCCUCGAGGGGAUGAGCCCUGGCUCUGCCCUGUUUCGCCUUUCUUAAACACACCUUGGGAGGUUUCCUUGUGAUGUACAAAGGAAUGUAACCGCAAAUUGUCAUUGCCCCCAUUCCCUAGAAACGGCUUAUGGCUUAAAAUGCUUUCAGGAAUUUGUUUGAUUUCUGUAUCAAAAUCUGGUCUCUGGAGCUCCGUAGAGUCUG